CCCAUCACUAAUUUAGAACAAAAUUAAAGGAGCGUGUACGGUGUAGGUUGCAGUACGUUUGUUUAUAAUCUUGUCUCUAUUGAAAUAACGAUAUCAUUAUCAAAUGCUUAAUCGGCAACAUCGUGAUCAUAAUUUUGACAACCAUGGAAAGCUCUAAACUAUUUACUACAACAAUAAUUGACGUUAGAGAUGAAUUUGAGGAGAAAUAUGAAAAAGCAUACCACCAAUAUGAAGCUAUUAUGUCCAACAUAAAUGAAAAAGAACUUAACGACUUGGUAUCUAACUCCAUUACUAAGGACAAACAGUAUGAAGAGUUAUCUUUAGCAAUAAUAUAUGUUAUUUUAACGGAUUCUGGGGCAGCAUCAAAAGCAUACUGUGAUUUAACAUUGUUAGCUCACGAUGGUUUAGCAUUUGUUACCAAUAAUUUAGCUAUGUUGGUAGCCGAAAAAUAUCAAAGAUUAAAUGAUCUUCCGCGAAAACAGCUUCUAUGGUUUCUAAAAGAAUUAAUUCGAAGCCAAGUCCUAAAUGUUGACAAUAUUGUUUGGAAUAUACUAAGACAAGCUAGUGGCGGAGAUAUCAACCCAAAAAAUGUAGCGCUAGUAGAUGGGCUACUAGAUAUACUAAUUGAACAUCGAUCAUGGCUAGAAAAGGAUAAUUUUCUUAUUGGAACCGUUGUUUACACAUUUUUAAGGUUGAUGGAAGAUCACAACGGUCCACAGUUUACCACUCUUCAUAACAAAGAAGUUACUUUUAUAACUAAUCUGAUAAGGGAUCGAUUUGCAGAUGUGAUGAUUUUAGGAAGAGAAUUCGUACGUCUAUUGCAAAACGUUUCCAGGAUUCCGGAAUUCGAGAGUUUGUGGAAAGAUAUUUUGUAUAAUCCUAAGAUACUUUGCCCCACGUUCAACGGUGUUUUGCAAUUAAUGCAAAUAAAAACAAGCCGGCGCUUCUUGCGAUGUCGAUUAACCCCAGAUGUUGAACGGAAACUACAUUUUUUGAUAAGUAAUGUCAAGUUCGGCAACCAAAAAAGAUACCAGGAUUGGUUCCAAGAGAGAUUUUUCACAACUCCUGAAUCACAGAGUCUUCGCUCAGAUUUGAUUAGAUUUAUUAUUGGUGCUAUUCAUCCUACAAACGAUAUGCUGUGCUCAGAUAUAAUACCUCGUUGGGCAAUAAUUGGUUGGUUGUUAACAUCUUGUACGAAUCCAGUUGCACAGGCCAAUGCAAAAUUGGCUCUUUUCUAUGAUUGGUUAUUCUUCGAUCCGCUGAAAGACAAUAUCAUGAAUAUUGAACCAGGAAUAUUAGUAAUGUAUCAUUCCAUGAAAAGUCAUCCUUCAGUCAGCUGUACACUUCUAGACUUUUUGUGUAGGAUAAUGAAACAUUUUUAUCCCAAAAAUGAAGAUAGAGUUCGCACUGGCAUCUAUAACUCAUUGCGCGUUAUUUUAGAAAAACAGGUUAUACCUAACCUUGUACCAUUACUGGAAUCUUCAAAACUGGAUAAAGAACUCAAAUUAACACUUCGGGAAAGUUUCAGAGAUUUUUUCACUUCUGGUUCGACGACAAACACCUUUGGUGCAACUCCUUCAAGUAGAUACAACUCCACUGAAAAUGAUGAAAUUUCAAACGAAGGCCGAGCAGAACAGCCCUGGAUAAAUAAUCAGAUCACCACAAUGUAUGACACUUACAUGGAACUAAAAUUCAGUGACGAUGAAGAGGAUUUGAAAGCAGGUGUUUUAAAAGAUGAUCAUUCAGAUGAUGAUGAUUUACCACUGUCCAAGGUGAUAAAAAUGGAAAAAACAGUCAUCUAUUCAUUUCCUGGAGAACUGCAGAACUGUUUAGAUAUGUUUAUAGAGACAAAAGAUACUACUUGUUUUAGAUCUCUUCUUAGUUCGUUAGAUGCAGUGGAUAACCUCAACAGUGAACAAGAAACGUACCUGUAUGACAAAGUAGUAUCAGUAUUCAAAGACACCUUAGUUCAUCAUAAUAUUUUUCCUGCUUCAAAAUCUGACGAAAGUCUUCUUGAUACUAUCAAUCACCCUCUAUUCUGUUUGUUCGAAAAAUUGUAUCAAACGGACGGCAAGUGCAAAAGCUCUAUAACGAAUUUCAUAUUGUAUGCAUAUAAUCAUAUUCCAAGCACUGGUUAUCUGAUGUUGCAUUAUCUUAAGGUCUUUGCUAAAUUACAGGCUCGUCGAAAAGAAUCAAUAUCAACAUCCUUUAAACCAAGUGUUUACAGUGUAUUUUGUACUACAAUUAAUUCCUCUGUUGAAGCUCAAUUAGAAACUGAUCUAAAUUUGCUUGAAAAAGAAAACACAGCGAUAUUUUUCUGGAUUCUUCCGGAGCUAUUCAAGGAAUUUAAGAGUGUAAUGAUAAACAAUUCCAAAAUUAUUGCAUUGUUCAUCGGAUCCAUUGAUGCAAAUGAUCUACGUGAGACUAUAUUCAGUGUCGCUCAGGGCAAGCUAGUAAUGUUUAGUACUGAAGACAUUAUUGAUGUGAUACGGGAAAGUUUAGAGUAUGAGACAUUUGAACAGUUUUGUUUCUGGCAGCUUAUUCAUGCCCACGGCAUACCACUGGAGUGUUUUCAGAUGCUGGUGCGAACAAUAUGAAGGAAAGUUGUCUGAAAUAAUAGCUGCCCUUUUGAUGUCUAAAUAUCCCACCAAUUCACCCAACAAGCGGAAACGGCCUUUAAAACUGUUACCUUUGCAGAAUUCUGCACCGUCUUCAGAACAGAUACUACACCAUUUGGAACAUUUUCGACGAAGUUGUAGACAUGGCAAUGGAACAGGUACAGGUCUUUACGUCCAAAAUGAAAUGCAAAGAUCUCUUCAACAAGCCUUUUCUCAUAGUUCUGACAGUCAAAAA